GCCUGCCGCACCGCCUCCGGACCCCUCCUCAUAGUCUUGCCCCCACCCUCCUUCCAGUCUUCCCAGCCCGCUCCUCCUAGUCUUCCUCCCUCCUUUUUGUUUUUGUUUUCUUAUCUUUUUUUAUUCCCCCCCCCCUUCUCCCCCCCUUUCCUCCCCUCCCGUUGGUUCUCACCCUGGCCGCGAGCAAAGCGUCUUCAUGAGCGCAGAGGAUGUCCGGAAAGCACUACAAGGGGCCUGAAGUCAGUUGUUGCAUCAAAUAUUUCAUCUUCGGCUUCAAUGUCAUUUUCUGGUUCCUUGGCAUAGCAUUUCUUGGGAUUGGAUUGUGGGCAUGGAAUGAAAAGGGAGUGCUGUCCAAUAUCUCCUCCAUCACUGACCUGGGAGGCUUUGAUCCUGUUUGGCUCUUCCUAGUGGUAGGAGGAGUUAUGUUCAUUUUGGGAUUUGCAGGAUGCAUUGGAGCUUUACGAGAGAACACUUUUCUUCUCAAAUUUUUUUCUGUAUUUCUUGGAAUUAUUUUCUUCUUGGAGCUCACUGCUGGUGUUCUAGCAUUUGUUUUCAAAGACUGGAUAAAGGACCAGCUGUAUUUCUUUAUAAACAACAACAUCAGAGCAUACCGAGAUGACAUUGACUUACAAAACCUCAUAGACUUCACACAGGAAUAUUGGCAGUGCUGUGGGGCUUUUGGAGCCGAUGACUGGAACCUUAAUAUCUACUUCAAUUGCACAGAUUCCAACGCAAGUCGGGAGCGCUGCGGUGUGCCAUUCUCUUGCUGUACUAAAGAUCCUGCUGAAGAUGUUAUUAAUACUCAGUGUGGUUACGAUGCAAGGCAAAAGCCAGAAGUUGAUCAGCAGAUUGUUAUCUACACUAAAGGCUGUGUCCCUCAGUUUGAGAAAUGGUUGCAGGACAACCUUACCAUAGUUGCUGGUAUAUUCAUUGGGAUAGCAUUACUGCAGAUAUUUGGGAUAUGCUUAGCCCAGAAUUUGGUUAGUGACAUUGAGGCUGUCAGAGCCAGCUGGUAAAACUGCUGAAAAACCACAAGAAGACACUGGACAACUGAAACCCUCUGAAACCUCCAGUGUGUCACUCCGACACCAAGCUGUAUGGACAUGGGUGACAGGGAAGCCUUCUCUCCCAAGUAGUCUCAAGUCUUAAGUUCCUGAUAUUGCAGUGAACRUGUGUUUCUCUGGGGUGGGAGAGAGGAGUGGGCUAUUGAAAAUCUGCUGCUCACUGACCAUUUUUUUUUUCUUUUAAACCACCACUUUGAAAGCUAUUGAGCCGUGAAUCUCUACUGUAUUCUUGAUUUUGAGUAAUAAGUGGACACUUUUUAAAAUUGGUGUAUUCAGUGAGACAGAGUUGCAUCGUUGUAGUCUGUGGAUAUGCUGUUUAUUCUUCAUGUCAUGAGCUCUUUGAUGGCUGCCAAAUAUUCCUGAGAUGGUCUAUCUCCUCACCACUCUGUAAAGGAACAAUCUUCUUGUUUUCACAGCUAAACAUAGCUACAGGCCUAGACCCAUGAAGCAGGAAGCAACUUUCUAUGCAUCUAUUAUACAGUCAAAGAAAUYGUUUUUAAAACAAGGGAAAUUUUUUUUAUGCAAGCUUCCAACCAUCUCCCUGUAGUACUGUGGGCUUGGAAUCAGCAACAGGGAGAAUUGCCUAAUUUUGUCAAGAUCUUUCUUCCUUCUCCACCCUUGUAUGAAGGGAAAGGAGUUUUAUAUUUGACUUACAAGGGUUGCUGCCAUACUUUUGGAUAUGAGUCUUUUAAGGCAAGGAUGGGAUAUAACUGUUAAAUGUAUGAAAGCAGUGUGGAUGUUGGGUCCAAGUGARGAAUAAUAUUCAAAGAAUGAAUUAUAUAUUAAAUCAAAACAUGUGUUUGAUAUGGUAAAAUCUUUUGUUUCUCCAAAAUUUAGUGUAACCUAAUGUGUUUAGGGAAUCUCACUAAUAUUAAUCCUUUGAGAUAAUCAAGGGAAGCUUGUUUCUUUGGUCGGUCUGUUCCUGGUUGAGGCUUUGRUCUUUCUGUUUUUCUUYUUGUUUUCUUUAAUUCUUUUUACUUGCAUGAGCUGUGGAAUAAGAAUCUGUGACACUCCAGUGCUUUAAAUAUAUGCAUAUGUUUUAAUACAGUCUAA